CUCGAAGCCAUGAAAUUUUACCUGUUACUCUUCUGGGCGGUUCUAAAUGGCGGCAUCUCGACGUAUCGACCCAUCGCUUUCGGGCCCUGCAAAAUGAGAAAUCUGGAGGCGUUUUGUCAGAACGUGGAGCUUCACCAGCUGCCUUCAGAGCUUCACCCUGACGUGUCUAAAAUCGACGCCUCUGGAAAUAAGAUUCGAAACGUCACCGAGAGGCCCCUGACUUUCUACGCUUCCCUCCGUCACUUGGACUUGAGCUCCAACCUGAUUGGAUUUGUCGAGCCUGGGAUCUUCGCAAAGAUGAAGAACCUGCAGGACCUCAACUUGGCCGACAACCAGCUCUACCUGUUGGCGCAGGAAGAUCUGUGGGUUGGGUUGCUUCCCCAAGUCAGGAGGCUCGAUCUGUCUCGCAACAGCCUCUACAGUGGGAUGGCGGAGCAUUUCCUUCACCAGGCACCUUCGCUGCGAUAUCUUUCCUUGGCAGAAAACAGCAUCAUACACGUCUCCCAGAGCAUGUUCGGAGGUACUCCAGAGCUGGUGGAAGUCAACCUGCACAACAACAUGAUUAUGGAGAUAGAAGAAGGAGCGUUUGAGAGCCUGGCACGUCUCGCCAAGCUGAACCUCUCCACCAACUCCCUCACGUGCGUCGUGGAGUUCAACCUCAGGCAGCUGGAAGUUCUGGAUCUGAGCUGGAACAGCAUCGAGUCCUUCCACUCCACCCUGUCAGAGGAGGCCUUCAACUUGAUCUGGCUCGACCUGAGUCAGAACAAGCUCCUUCGCUUCCCUGUCCUCCCCCAAGGAAACAAACUGGCUUAUUUGAACCUAACCAACAACAUCAUGCAGUUUGUUAUGGUGGAUUCCCGUAGUGACGUAGACUACCAGUGGGAAGAUGGGCCUCCGUAUCCCAACAAUUCCCACCCUCCCUACUUACCUGCCUUGUUAUCCUUGGACCUCAGUUACAAUGAGAUCCAAUCCAUCCCGAGCCAGUUCUUUGACUCCAUGCUGUCCCUCCAAUUCCUCAAUUUAAGCAAAAACUGCCUGCAGACUUUUGGGACGACCAACGAACUGGCCUCGUUGUCCAUCCUUGACCUUAGCUGCAAUUCCAUGAAGAACCUUCAGUUGGGCACCAACACCUUGAGAGGUUUGCAGGAGUUCCACCUCCAAGACAACCAUCUUCAAGAGCUGCGCCCAGAUCUCUUUCAAGAUCUUCCACGUCUUCAGUGGCUUGAUCUGAGGAACAACAGGAUCCGUCUCUGUGACUCGCAUUCAGGAAGGCACCAGGUGUCUCCUCACGGCUGUGUCUCGUUUGUGCGAGUUCCGGAGCUUCAGUAUUUGUACCUUUCGGCCAAUCGUUUGAAGAACCUACCCAGGUACAACUUCUUCGGGACUAAGCUUAGGGUUCUGGAUAUCUCGAUGAACUGGGGGCUUCAGAUAGAAGCCAACUCGUUGGUUGGCUUGGAAUUCUCGCUGGAAUACCUGGAUUUACAUGGGAAUGGCCUGGCCACUCUGGAGGUGGAUUUUUCUCUCUUCCCUUACCUCAGAUAUCUCAAUCUAUCGGACAAUCGGCUUAGCUGGUUGCCCGCUUGGUCAGAAGAUUGUUGCGUCCUUGAAGUCUUAGAUCUUCACAACAACAGCUUCAACAGCUUGAAAAAUAGCCGGAUCCCAACUCUGGAGAAAAACCUACGGAAUUUGUACCUGGUAGGGAACCCGCUGAGUUGUUGCGGGAACACCUGGCUCUCUCAAAUGAUCCAUAAAGCCGUGGUGGAGAUCCCUGAUCUAGACUUGGUCAAGUGUCAGUUUGCCCGGAGUUUGGGAUUUGAGGAGGAAGAGGUCCACAUGAGCCAGGUCAGGCCAGAAGACUGCGAGAGGGAGGACCUCAAGAAAAUGAGUGUCUUGAUUUUGCUGGCGAUUCUGCUGGUUCUCUCGCUGAUCGUCAUCGGAGUCGGCUUGCUUUGUUGUUAUCGGAGACACUUAUUCGGGCGCCAUUACAAGGUGUAGACCGAGAGAGAGAGAGAGGCCUUGCACCGUUGUGUUUUCAUCUCUUGGACAACAGACGACAACAACACCCUGGCGCCAAAGGGGGUGAUUCGAUUCCACCAGGGAGUUUUCAAAAGGCUGUGAAAGUUUGGAUGAUUCAUUCUCACAGUCCAAGUGGUCAUUCAGGGAGAACGUUGGUGAAGAUAUUCUCUUCUGGGUUCAGGGAGAACAGGGGGCCAAGCCGUAUUCCCGGAUG